AUGCCUGAACGAAAAUUUGACUGGAUAUCUCGUCUCGAAUUGGGUUCAGCUGAUGAUGGUAGCAUUAGGGAUGAGUUUGAUUCUGUACCUGAUUGGCUUACCGAGAAGAAAACUGGUUGUAUUGGUUCAAUUCUUCCAUGGCUUCCAGUAUCAUGCGCUGAUCCUGAUGUUCACGAAUCGGCGGUGAAUCUUAGAGCUCAGAUUAAGAACUAUGAUGAGACUGCUGCGGUUUUGCUUUCGAAUCUGAAUAACGAAAGUGAGGAAGAAGAGCUUGGUUGGCCAAGUCAGGUUCUAUGUUCAACCGUGCUUCCCAAGUUUUUGUCUCUCGAGAAAUCCCCUUCUCGUGUGUUGAUGUCUGCAACAAUUGAGUUUUGCAAGAUCCACCAAAGAGCAGCUGAGUAUGGUUUGGUGUUCCCUUUGAUUCUAAGGAAAGAAGGGAUCAACAGCUUCAUCUGUGAGGUGGUUUCAAGGGUUUUGAAAGAAUGUUGGCACUUGGGUCAUAUCUCUGCUUUUUGCCAGAAGUUGCUUUGUGGAAGAACAGAAGAGAGGAAGUUUAUGCUUCUUCCCUGCCACAGAGAUCUUAUAUCUGAUGGCCUAACAUGGAAUGAGUCACUGUUUAUCCUUUUUCAGAAUAUAUUGAUCCACGAAGUCCCUUUAACUCAAGGUUCCGUUUCUAAGGUUCAGGAGAUGGCAGAAAGGUAUUGCAAGUCGUUAAAAUUUGGAAACUUCUUGCUACAUUUUGUCGCCAAGUGUGCUCCAAUGCUACAUGCUCACAAGUGUCUGCUGAUCGAAUCUGUUAAGUGUACUAACAGUCUAGUUACCAUAAGCUAA